GCGCGACGGGUGCAGGGCGGGCGGAGGCGCGGAACGGUGGAAAAAUGGCGCCCAGCUCGAAAUCCCAGCGAGAAGACAACAAGCAGAAACCGGCUAAAAAAACUCGGGAUAAUGUCGUGAAGCUGCUCAGCAGAGGCAAGAUUUCUGGCCAGCUCACACAUCGACAUUUUCGGAAGCUGCCACCACGGGUCUGUGUCUCUUUGAAAGCAAUUGUUGACGAAGAGUUCUUGCGAGCAGGACAUAUCUUUCUCGGCUUCACAAAGUGUGGUCGCUAUGUACUGUCCUACACAAGCUACUGCGGAGAAGAUGAUUUUUCUUUCUAUAUCUAUCAUCUGCAUUGGUGGGAAUUUAACAUCCACAGCAAACUUCGACAGGUGUGGCAGGUACGCUUGUUUACAGGAGAAGAAAUUUAUAGCGACCUUUUUCUGACCGUUUGCGAAUGGCCCAGUGAUCGCUCCAAAAUCAUCAUCUUUGGAUUCAACACACGCAGCUCUAGCAGUAUGCUUAUGCAUCUGAUGAUGAGCGAUGAGAAUAACCGGGAUAUUUAUAUUUCUGUGGUGGCAAUGCCCCCUUUCCAUCCCUGUGCUGACUGCAAUGAGCUGGCAGCCAGUGCACGUCCAGGUAGCAGUGCCCAGUGCCUCCGGCAUGGGUUCAUGCUAAACACAAAGUAUCAGGUGGUCUAUCCUUUCCCAACCUUCCAGCCUGCUUUCCAGCUGAAGAAAGAUCAGGUUGUGCUUCUCAAUACCAGUUACUCACUUGUUGCCUGUGCUGUGUCUGUCCAUAAUGCAGAAAAUGACCAACAGGAGAGUGAUCAAGUCUUGUACUGUCGAACAGAACCACAGUUAGGAUCACCUAAGACUUUCAGAAGCCCCAGCAGCUCGCCAGAAAGGAAACCGGCGCCACAUUGUGAGGAUCUAGCCAAGAACCCCUCAUCCCUGCUUUCAUGUGACCAUGCCAUGUUAAUAAAUGAAGUCAAAGAUUCUGCAUCAGACAUUUUUAGGAAAGCACAUGAACAAAAGUGUAUCACUCUUGAAGCAAAAGCAGAGUCUAAAAGAAGUGAGCAGAGAGACACAAGUCCUGUGGCUGGCCCAUCUCGGCAGAUGGAAGGAAAGCGAAGUGAUCCAGGUGAAGCACAAGAUGAUCCUCGGUGCCACAUACCUCAAUCGCAAAGUUCAUCUUCAGUCACAGUCCAGCCAGAGGGUCCGGGAACAGACUUAGGCUAUGUCAAUUAUACCAAAUUACGCUAUUGCAUGGAACCACAAGGGAGUGCUGAGCCAGAAACUGAAUAUGAAGACGACAAAAUCCUGUUACCGUUUACAGUCACUGACCUGAGGGGAAGGAGGUUACAUGCACUUCGCGGCGAGUCAAAGGUUCAGGGUCAGUACGUCACAGUGGAGCAGCUCACUCUAGACUUUGAGUAUGUCAUCAAUGAGGUCAUUAGGAAUGAUGCUGCCUGGUCGAAACAAUUUUGCUCCUUCAGUGAUUAUGAUAUUGUCAUUCUAGAGGUUUGCUCCGAAAUGAACCAGGUAGUGAUCAACAUUGGUUUGCUGCUUUUAGCUUUCCCUACUCCAGAGGAGAGCCAGACCAGGCCCAAUACGUACCACACCAGUCUGAAGGUUGCCUGGGACCUGAACACCGGUGCUUUUGUCACAGUUGCUGUUGGGGAUCUCACUGAAGUCAAAGGACAGACCAGUGGCAGUGUGUGGAGUUCAUACAGGAAAACGUGCGUCAACACAGUGAUGAAAUGGCUUGUUCCAGAAAACAGUACACGGUACAUCAAUCGCAUGACCAAUGAAGCACUGCACAAAGGCUCAUCUCUUAAAGUCCUGCCAGACAGUGAUCGGUACACAUGGAUUGUGCUCUGAGUGAGGUGCUGUCCAACAAAGUGUUUAAGACGUGAAGCCGCCACCGUACACAACAAUCCAAACUCUACCUCUCUUUAUUGUUCAUGCAUUCCAAACAGGAAUAAAUUUUUUUUUUUUUUUUUUUUUGCUGUUCUCACUACAAAUGCUGUGGACAAAGCCUACAAGGAUCAAAGAGUCGGGCACAUGAUGGGGUGAAGUUCGUGGACAAAUAAGAAACUGGACUUUGCUUAAAAAUAAAAAGACGUAAGGGAUUGCCAUUGAUGAACUAAGGGGCCCAAGCUGGAGACUUGAAUUUCGUAAAAUAGAGCAAGUUUGCUUGGGUGGGCCUUGGAACAGGGCAGAGUGUUUAUUUUCACGUUGUAGAAGUCAUUUGAUGGACAGAAAAGGACUGACUGAUGUUCGUUUGAGUAUGCUGCUCAGGAAAAUGUAACCUCUAUCUGGAUUUGUGCAGCAUUUGGGUUUUAGGAGACUUGGUAUGGGCUUUGUGUAGUAGCUGCUGAACCCACAUUGAGAAUCCCGCUGCCUCAGUUUUGAUAUCUACUGAGCAAAGGUCAUUUUACUUGAAAUGUAACUUAGGUAUAGGAGACAUUGUUGUCAAGUUGCUAAAAUGCAAUAAACUAUCUUUCGUUCUGUGUU